CCUGGAAAUUAAAUGAAGUGCAGGUUACCGUGUGUUAUUCACCAAUUAUUUCAAAGUUCCCCUUUAGAUGGCAUUGACUUUGGGAAGAAAUUUGCAGGUGCGGUUCACAUGAUCACAACUUAUAUGCUCUUGACUACAAAAGCCAGCGCUGUGUAUACAAGCUUGAAUGUGGUGGCAGCAUCUUUGGGUCUCCUGCCAUUGAUGAGGUGAUUAUUGCUUUUCAGUCUUCGUAUCAUUUGCUCAUUUUCUUUCUCAUUAUGGAAAAUGCGUAGAAAGAUGAUGUAAGCAUACAGUUCAGCCUGCAAUCACUUUCAAGUUAUUUUGAACUCACCUUCCAUUUGACUAUUUGCUGUAGGUCCAUAAACUCCUUUAUGUCAGUUCUACUAGUGGUCGUGUAACAGCUACAUGCCUAGAGGUAUGACCAUUGACAGGUUUGUCCUUGUUUUUCUCAUCCUGGGAGUUCUUUUUUGUUUAACAUUACAUGGCAAUGUCUCGCGUCUCAAUGAUAAUAAUAUUGCCAGCAGCAUUCACUGUGCAUGUGACCAGCUUUCUACGCUGCUAUUUUAUAAAUUUGAAUUUACCGAGUAGUAGGAUUUCUAUGGUAGCUUACAGAUUUGGAUGGAAUGGGCGAAGCAUUAUUCACUUGCAUAAUGAUUAAACGACAAGAAAUUGAGCUGGUGUGCUGGGGAGAAUGUCAAUUCCGGGUAGUGUUUUAAUCGACAGUAUUUGCACUUGUAGCUGAUCAUUGGGUCAGCCUGCCACCUCAAGUGCUCCUACCCAAAUUUGUCUGCAGCUGCAUAAAGAACUGUGCUGACUAUUUUCAUCGUCAUGCUUUGCUCAGUAUACAUGAUCCUGAGCCCCAAAAUAAAAUACAAAUACUUGUUUGUUUUCUUCUGAAAUCUCACGAAACAAUCUUCUGUACAAAUACAGGCAAUCCCGUUUUAUAGUUUGUGGAAGAAAGAGCUAGAGGUACCCAUUUUCGGAUCACUUUCAGUUGAUUCUCGAAGUGGGAAUGGUAUACAAGCGCCUCAUCAUGCUGCUAUGCACUUUCAGUUGAUCGUUCACCAUCUUUAGAUUUCUUACAUGCUCUUUUUUGCUGCAGUUAUAUGUUGCCUAGUGGACGGUAACAUUGUUGCCCUGGAUUUUAGUGGUUCCAUUUCGUGGAAGGUACCGAUUCUUCUUCAGAUGUUCGACUUCAUGUAGUCCUCUUCUUGCUGCUGGAUUUUGCUUCCCUCAUGGGUCUUUGCGUUCAAUUUCAUAGUGAUGGUUGUUUUCUUCAGAUUACAAUUGGUGGUCCUAUAUUUGCAGGAGCCUGCACAUCUUUGGCUCUUCCUUGCCAGGUAAAACAUAUUCUCAAUUUUUCAUUCAGUAUCUACCAGUAGUUUAGUUGCAUCAGUGUAUUCUAUAUUUCUUGUAACUCGGAAACUCGUUUCUUCAAGAAGUUCCUGCAGUGCCUGCACUCCAGCUUAUCAUUCAUUAACUUUUUUUUUUUUUUUUUAUCUAUUGCCAGCCAGCACUGUCCAUCAUUAACUCUGGAAAACCUACCCCCUUCUACAAGUUGUCGCUUCACGACGAACUGUCAUUGCUUGGUUGUGAUUAAAUUACUAAGAUCCCACCCCCUACCCUCAACCAUGUCAACUAAUCGGCUAUUGUUAAGUCCACUCCCCAUCAGCCUGUUGUAAACUUGUAACCAAGCGGCUUAUUAGCAUCAUUUCCAUCUUUCAAACUGCUUUUACAACCGAUUAAUAUCUUCAAUCCAGUUUAGGAAGUAACUUGAAUUCCUCUGCAAUAUUUUUUAGAGAUUUAUGAUCUAUAGAUUUUGGCAGGUGCUUAUAUGUUCCAGAAAUGGAAGCAUAUACUCCCUAGAUAUGGUAAGAUCCUAAUAGUACUAUACUCUUUCAAUUGACAUCUCUGAGAAGAUCAUGUUUUACAAUAAUCUACGCAGUCUGUCCGUCUAAUCAGCUUUGCUUCCCCAACAGGAAAACGGUGAUCUCAUCUGGGAACACCAAUUAGGCGAUCCGGUUACUGCAUCUGCUUACGUAGAUGAGCACCUGCAGCUGUUGGUGUCUGGUUCCGCCUCCCCAGUUUCAUCAGACCGGUAACUUUGACCAUCUUACUUUACUUUACCCACCCACAGAACUUGGAUAAGAUCAGAUCUGGCCUAACAUGAUUACGGUGUGUUCUCGAUUCCAUGGAUCGUCUUAAUAAAAAACGAAAGUAAGAGCGGGCCAGAUGGGAUCAAAUGAGCUAUGAAUCUAAUACUAGUCUUUGUUUGCUUCCUUUAUUUGAUCCGGUACAAUUCCGAACUGGACUGAACAGGAUCAUGCUCACCCACAGUACCACUGACAUUGCUAACGAUCUAUCUUCAUAUUUCCCCAGGUUGAUUUGCGUGUGUUCUAGUUCUGGAACCAUACAUUUGCUUCAGGUUAAGAUGGAUGAUGUGGAGAAACCCCAAAAAGGCUCCCGGGUUCACGAGUUUGCUCGGCUUGAUCUCCCGGGAGACAUUUUCUCAUCCCCGGUGAUGAUUGGGGGCAGGAUCUUCGUGGGUUGUAGAGAUGACUACGUGCAUUGCAUUGCCAUUGAUGCUGAGAGUUUGGCAGGGGAAUGUGAUGAUGAUGAUGAUGAUGAUGAUGAUGAUGAGUGAGUGAUCAACCCAGUCGAACAAACAUGGUUCCACCUUGAAACUGUUUGGAACUGCCUAACAUGCAGUAGUUCAACCUGUAAAUUGUGGGUCAUCAUAUUAUGGUAUGGAAAACCUCAGAUCUUGCCAUGUAAAUGUUAGCUUGUGGUUCCCAUUUUCCCAUACAAACUCUCUCCUACAAUGCUUCAAAUAAUAUUUUCGGUUAUACAGCUGACUCUCACUGUUGCUAGCGGGCCCAAAAAGUUAAAUUCAGUAGUAAGCAUUGGCUUCUUCUGAAGGCGUGGAUAAAAUAUGAAAAUAUCC